CUGAGGUUAAUAACGGCAAAAGCGAUAAAAUAGCGUGUGUUGAAAAAUUGAAACUGUUGGACAAGACGAGACACAAUCAAAGAAAAUUGUUUCAAGAAGAAUUCUAUGUAGACAUACACACCACCAACAACAAAACAUAUUAAAAUGUACAUCUAGUACUUGUAACAAAUUUUUAUUCAAUAAUAAUAUUAAAUUAUUUGCCAUCAAACAAAUGCAACGGACCAACGCCAUUUAAGUGAUACAACAACAAAUAAUACAACCAACCAACAACAACAAAAGUGCUGUGAUUUCAACUACAAAAAGCAAAGUUAAUUUAAACCAACAACAACUGCAACAAAUCUGAAGCAAUCAGCAGCAUAAAAACAGCAAAUUGUGAUAAAUUAAUAAUAAUAAUAAAUUCUUAAUCGUAAAAAUAAAUUUUCAAAUUUGAAAAAAGUGAUACACCACCACCAGCAGCAGCAGCCGCCGUCGCCAGUAAAAAGAAAACCCGUCGGCAAAACUCAGUUCAACAACUGAAAACUCGCUGCGAAUUUUCCACAUAAAAGUCAAAUGAAAAUGGAAGUACUUGCUAUUCCGUCGAUGUAUGAAAGUGUGCUUGGAUCAAAUAAAAUUAGAGAUUGGACCAGCACAUUGACACCGCUCGCUGUUGAUGUUCAUGCUACCGCCACAGGUCCCAAUAAAGUUGCUGCCAACGACAAUAGUCGCAGCAUGAUCAACAACAACAACAUCAAUAAUAAUAAUAAUAACAACAACAACACCAACAAUCGGAACCACAGUAUUAAGCGCAACAGCAAACAAGAGCCAAGCAGCAUCAGCAAGAAAACCCAAGAACCCAGUGCAGCCAGCUAUACGAACAGCAUCGGCAACAGCCGCUUCAAGGCCUAUACGUAUACCCCCUAUGGCGAUGACGACGAGUUGGGAAAUGUAACAGACAUCGAUGCGACUGCUGUGAAUGAGCUGUCGAUGCGACUGUUAGAUGAGCUGCGUGCGGCCAAGUCGCGUCAUCUUACCUGCACCGAAGUCUCGAUACCCUGUGAUCUCACGCCCAACAUUGCGGCGGAAAUAAUACGCGUUUCGGAGAAGGAGCCGUGCGGCAUUCGAGGCGCCACCAUCUACAUUGAAUUUGAGGAUGAGCCGCAAAAUUCGCGACGCAUUGCCUCCCUCAAGCUGGAUCCGGAAACGGUAUCCACCUUCGAGGUGUAUCUGACACUGCGUCAGGAUCAUCAUCGUGGCUGGACGGCGUUGCUGCCGCAAUUCAUGAAGAGUCUGGCCCGUACCAUAACCAUCAGUCCCGAAUAUACCAUAACUAAGCACAAACUAUAUUCGGCCGAUGGUUUGGGCGCUCGUCGCAGCUAUAGCUUUGGCAGCAGCAGUCAGGCCAUUGCCACGCCCACGACAUAAGUGAGUUGCUGGAACCAACAACCACCGCCCAACACCCUGUGAUGUCGUGAUGACGACAAAGACGAAGUAAUAGAAGGAGGAGAAGAGAUGAAGACGAAAAUCAGAACGAUUAUAAUGAUAAUCCGAUGAUUGAGCGACGCGGAUGCAAUGCGAUGCAGCGCGAUGAUGAAGCAAGUAUUCGAAGCCACCCCACCUACACACACUCACACUUACACACACACACAAAACACAAAUACACACACAUACACACAUACACAUUAGCAUACACACUCAUACUAAUACUAGAUGAGCGGGCGCAACGACGCCGCCAGCUUUAAACUUCAAUUUCAAUUUGUAAUUGUGACUCUCACCACCAUUUUACUUAGAUGCGUAGGGCUAAAAAGCAUAAACAAAAUAAUUAGUGUUUUAAGUUGUUUCUCCUUUUUCAAAAGCAAAAGCAAAACAAAAAGAAAACAAAAAACAAACAAACAAAAAAAAACCAACAUGAAAUUCAAAGGCGGCGGCCACAGGCCGUAUCGGCGGUCCUUUCAUUUGGCGACCACCAAGACACACACAUAUACACAACGGAUAUAGAGAUAGAGAGGUGUAUAUUCUGUUGUAGGAGUAUGUAUGUAGAUACAUAUGUGUGUUAGUCCGCCGAUGCGCCCCUGACAGGCCCAAGUCGACAAACUCAUGAAUAUGUGAUACUGUUUAAGAUGCUAAGAGUUUUUUGCGUGCGCCAGCCACGAGUCCUUGUCGUCCGUGGCGGGUUUUGGCACGGCAAGGCAAAAAACAAUGAUAAAACAAAAAAUAUAUAAAAGAUACACAAAUUAAAAACAUAUAUUAAAGAUAUGUAUAAUACAACUUAAA